UGCACACUUUGCCUAUCCAUCAGUCUGUCGUUUGCGACAUUCCGACCGCAGUGGAAGCCAGCCGGGGUUUGCGCCAGCGAACACAUUGGUCGCGUGCGCGAUCCUCAGGGCCUAUGGCUACCACAUCAAUACGGCAGCGCGACGUAGGCUCUAGCAUCUCCGAUGUGAAGACAACAUAUUCAUCAUGGGAUACUUGCAUGGAAAAGAGUUACUGUAAAUGGCCCGCGAUCAUAGGCAUUGUCGUGGCGUCGCUGAUCGUCAUCUCGCUUCUCACCUGUCUUUUCCGAUGCCUAUGCUGUGGAGUCGAAUGUUGCUGCGCUUGCUUCAAAUGCUGCAAUGCAUGCUGUCCAUCACCACGUCGACGAGGAGGUCGUGAAGGAUAUCAGCAAACGCCAGCUCCGCUGCCCCCCGCGCAACCUUUCCCGACACGAGAUCAAUACGUGCAAAAGCUAUCGAUGCAAUAUGGCUCCGGCGCACCGGCAGUGGCGCGGACGGCUACAUUCGACACACCCAGUCGUGCCCGCACGACCGUCAGCACGACGUCCCAUAAUGAUGACGCUCUUCCCGCCAUGCCGAGCUGGGAUGCAGCGCGCGAGAAGCGCAUCGAAGCAUCCGCUGAAGAGCACCCGGAGGAGAUGGAAAUGACCCGGCUCAAGAGUCCUCGAGUUCAAAGUCCUUCGACACAGCAAUCGCAGACACUGCCGCGCCGAGAGAACGCGAGUCCUUAUGGCGAGAAUUUCAACCAUCCCGCGCCUGCCGCGUAUCCGGUUCGUCGGCAGGGUGAUGACAAUUUUGCCAACCACCGAACACCGAUAUCGCCAGUCGCUUCUCCACAUCAAGAUCUUGCGUCCUCUGGUGAUGUCGGUACUCUUUCCGCCGCGCCAUACCACGAAUACAGCCGAGGUGGUCAAUUUGCGCCCAGCCCGUAUAGCAGUCAGCGAACGACAGAUAAUCCGCCACCCAUGUAUGCAGCACACAACCCGACAAAUGUAGCAGUUGCAAUGCCUUACAGCAGUACGGACUCAAGGGUCGAACCAGCACAGUAUGGACACGAUGGCAGGCAGCAACAACGGAAUCAAUACCAGCAGGAUGGAUACGGUAGCAGAGCACAACAGCCUCAGUAUGGACAGGGUGGAUACAAUAGUGGGCCACGGCAGCCUCAAUCUCCGCAAGACGAAUAUGGCAGUGGACCACAACAGCCUCAAUAUGGGCAGGGUAGUUACGGCAGCAGACCACAACAGCCUCAACCUCAGCAGGGAGGGUAUGACGGCAGACCACAGCAGCCUCGACCUCAGCAGGGUGGAUACGAUAGCCGACCCCAGCAGCCUCAACCUCAGCAGAGGUGGAUACGAUAGCAGACCACAAGAGCGUCAGUAUCAGCAGGGGGAAUACGAUAACAGACAACAGCAUGAGUACCAGCAGGAUGGUUAUGAAACUAGCAUACCACCAUCACUUCGAAACCGAGCUGUAAGCCCUACAGCGAGCGCUGCUCCUCAGCCGCAGUACCCAGGCCAGCGGACGAUGCAGUGAAGCCUGCGCGAUGUUUGACGAUGACGAUGUACAACCAGUUU